UCAGUUGAGCGCUUUGAGCCCAGCCGACCUUUGAGGAAUCGACAUGCGGGAGUCGCCGGGCCCCGGCGCGGCCGGCAAAACCCCAGAACGCUUGACAGCCGUGCGGGCUUUGCUCUUUGGACUCCUCGUGGCCAGCGCGUCUUCGUGUCCCAGCGGCUGCCACUGUACGGAAAAGAGCGGCGCCGCCGUGGUCCGAUGCACGUCCGGCAACCUGGAGAAGAUCCCGUCGGACCUCCCGAGAAACACCGUAGCUCUGAUCUUGGCCUCCAAUCACAUUAGCGAGAUCUCCAACCGAGCUUUCCGAGAGCUCCCCCGCCUUCGGGAGUUGGACCUGUCCAACAACCAAAUCGAGACGGUGGACGCGGCGGCUUUUCACGGGCUCUCCGACAGCCUGCUGGCGCUGAAUCUGGCCAACAAUCGCAUCCGGAGCGUGCCCAAGGAGGCCUUCGCCCACCUGCGGGCCAAAAUUAACCUCGCCAACAACCCCUGGCACUGCGAUUGCGUCCUGCAGGAGGUGUUGCGCGAGCUGAGGCUGGACCCCGAGUCGGUGAAGGACAUGCUGUGCCACACGGUUGUGCAGGAGGAAUACGCCGGCAAGGCGCUCGUCCAAAUUCUGGACUCGGGGAUCAACUUCUGCAACUUCCACCACAAGACCACCGACGUGGCCAUGUUCGUCACCAUGUUCGGCUGGUUCUCCAUGGUGAUCGGCUACGUGGUCUACUACGUGCGCCACAACCGAGAGGACGCCAGGAGGCACCUGGAGUACCUCAAGUCCCUGCCCAGCACCUCUCACAUCGCCAAAGAUCUCGACACCGUCAGUACCGUUCUCUAGCGGGAUGCCCUUUGUCUUCAAGGGCGUGGGCCACUGGACUGAUUUUUUGAAACAUUUUUCUGGAAGGGGCACUUCCAUUUGUUCCCAAAGAUGCCCAUUACCGGGCUCUUUGGUUUAUAAUCAUCAAAAUGGAUGGGUCCAAAGAGCCCCUUUCCAGCUCCUUCACUGGCAGUAUUUUGCAGCAUUUGGAUCGAAGGGCCACGGAGAGUGGCAGCCACCCUAGCGGCAAAGCGUAGCAAAAAAAAAAAGUUUGUGUGUGUGUGCGUGAGCGAGAAGCAAGUGCGUGCGUAGAUCUUGAAAGCACACAAAUGGCCACUUAACUAGCGUUAUUGUCAGACUCCAUUAAAUGCACAUGGUUUUUAUGUGCAGAGUUAUUUUCCAAGCCCCCAGCGUAGCUUUAGCUUUUA